AUGACUACGAAUACAAAUAAUCAAGAAUAUAUGCCAAUGUCCAUUACAAAAAAUCGCCAUCAAUCAGAACCAAGAAAUAAUAUGCUUGCUUUAACAACAAUAACAUCAACACCACCAUCAAUAGUUGGAACAAUAGAUAAAUCUAAUAAAAUAAUUAAACGAGUUGAACGUGCUAAUUGGAGUAAUCGUAUUGUUUAUCUUUUAUCAAUUAUUGGUUUCGUUGUUGAUCUUGGAAAUGUUUGGCGUUUUCCAACAACAUGUUAUCGAAAUGGUGGCGGUGCAUUUCUUCUUCCUUACUUUACUUUUCUCUUUCUUGUCGGUCUUCCCUGUAUGUAUAUGGAAUUAUGCAUUGGACAAUAUCAUCGUCUUGGUUAUAUUACAAUAUGGGAUAAAGUUUAUCCUCCAUUAAAAGGAAUUGGUUAUUCAAUGUUAAUUAUUAAUUUAUAUGUAUUAUCAUACUAUAAUACAAUUAUUGCAUGGUCUGUUCAUUAUUGUAUAGCAUCAUUUCGUGCAGUUGUACCAUGGACAUUGUGUAAUAAUAAAUGGAAUACACAAUCAUGUUAUUCAUUACAUGAUAAUACAUCAUUAAAUAUGACAAAUAAUGCAUCACAUUCAUCAACAGAUGAAUAUUAUGAACGACGUAUGCUUAGAUCUCAUUUAUCACCAGGUAUAAAUCAAUUAGGUUCACUACAAUGGGAAUUAGUUGGAUGUUCAAUAAUUGUUUUUAUUCUUAUUUAUCUAUCAAUAUUUAAAGGUGUUAAAACAGCUGGUAAAGCAAUAUGGUUUACAGCAUUAGUACCUUAUGCUGUAUUAAUUAUUCUAUUAUUACGUUCAUUAACACUUGAUGGAAUAUUUGAAGGUUUAAAAUAUUAUGUUAAACCAUCAUUUGAACGUCUAGGUGAAUAUUCUGUAUGGCAAGCAGCUGCUGUACAAAUAUUUUUUAGUUUAGGACCCGGUUUUGGUGUAUUACUUAGUUAUGCUAGUUUUAGUGAUACAAAUGAUAAUGUAUCUAGUACAGCUUUAAUUGCUAGUUUAGUUAAUUGUUCAACAAGUUUAUUAUAUGGUACAGUUGUUUUUGCUGGUCUUGGUUAUUUAUCACAUCGUUUAAAACGUGAUGUAACACAAUUUACUGAUACUGAAAUGGGACUUGUAUUUGUUGUCUAUCCAGAAUUAUUAACAUCAAUUCGUGCUGCACCAUUUUUUUCUAUACUUUUCUUUAUUAUGCUAUUAACAUUAGGACUUGAUAGUGUAUUUGCUGGCGCCGAAAGUAUUUAUACAGCAAUAUCUGAUGAAUUUCCAAUAUUAGCUCGUCGUCCACGUUUAUCACGUGCAUGUGUUGUAUUAGUCCCAUUUUUAAUAUCAAUACCAACAUUAACGCAUGGUGGAAAACAUGUUAUUCGUUUUAUGGAUUCGUUUGGUACAUCACCAUCAAUAAUGUUUAUUGUUUUAUGUGAACUUCUAGCAACUGUAUGGUUAUAUGGAAUGGAUAGAUUUAGUAAUGAUGUUGAAACAAUGACUGGACAUAAGCCAAGUAUCUAUUGGCGUAUUACAUGUCGUUAUAUUGCACCAUUAAUAUUAUUUGUUCUUUACGUUUUUUCAUUUAUUCAAUUUGAUAGUAAAGAAUUUUCUUCAAUGGGUGAAGGAAAAAAUAUCGCAUUAAAAGUUAGUAUUGCUGGAUGGUCAAUGAGUACUAUAUCAACAUUACCUAUACCAAUUUAUGCAUGUUAUUGGUUUUUAUAUCGACGUCAGGAAAAUACAACGAAACGAACAACAACAACAACUGUUGUUACAGAAAUUAUACCUACAAAUGAACAGGACCCAUUUAUAUAA